UCAAACUAGCCACAUACUGGCAACUACCUGCUGACACUCUGGUCAACCACUUACAACUGACAGCUUACCAAAUCACUAACUGGCUGGCACAUAAACCAUCCACAUGAAAAUGCAGCAAUAGUUUGGUAUAAUAUCAAAGGUUUGACAAUAAACCUUUACAAAAUAACCGUAAAAGAUAAGAAUUGUAAAUAAAUAUGAUAUAAAAGAAAAAAAUAGAUAUAAUUUGACGUGCGUUUGUAUAGUGUAAUUGCACACUGGACUUGGGUAAAUCUGCUGUUUUUAUGUCCCAUGGCUAAGAAAACAGAGUUUGUCAUAGGAUGGCGUGAUAUGACGCAUUGUUCACUGGUUCGUUGAAGUGUAACGAGGCUGUCAGUAAGAUUCCCACGGCCCUUGGGUUCCUAUUACCAUUGAACCGAGACACUUUGCUUCAGCAAACACAACUAAAUCCAUCUAUUCGCACUUUGAGUUGUUUCUUCGCCACUUGUACCGAGCAGCUAGGUCUGAUCAAAAGUGUUUACCUUAUAAGCUUCAUCGUUAUAGACAGUAAAGCACUGAGAACUCACUGAAGGUUAUGGAGAGUUUCUGGUCUGUAUUGAUACCACAGUUUUACAGUGGACAAGUUAACUAUGGAUAGRCCAAAGAAACGUAAACAACGACCCAAGACUGCCGCAAAGACUGCUAGAAAUAGGGGACCCUACCACAGAGUAGGGGGGUACACACCCAAACAUGGGCACCCAACGAUGUCAGGCCCGGAACCCAGAUCAAUGCCACCUAUUAACAUGACGGCAGGUCAACCUAGUCCACCAACAACACCAUCACCAACACCUGAUGAUGACGAUAGACUUCACAAGGAAAACCCUUCAAGGUUUCCACUCUGUCCUUAUGUCCCAGCUAAACUAACCAAGACUGCAAUGGACCGGUAUCUCAAUGAUGUUGUCAAACGCAAUGGUCACCAGACAGUUGUUAUAUUCCAUGCCAAGGUCGCACAGAAGUCUUAUGGAAAUGAAAAAAGGUUUUUCUGUCCCCCACCCUGUGUGUACCUGUUUGGUAAAGGCUGGCGGAACAGACAACGACUUUUACAGCAAGCAGGGGAGGAUGAUGGGAAGAAGCAGCCGAUUGCAUUCAUUGGUAUUGGAAACAACAAUGAACAAGAAAUGCAACAACUCCUUAUAGAAGAAAAGGGCUAUGGUGCUGCAAAAACACUCUUCAUAUCAGACUCAGAUAAACGAAAACACUUUGAAUUAUCAGUCAAGCUUCUCUACCCUAAUGGAGAUCAUGUUGGUAUUUUCAACUCUAAACGAAUUAAGGUCAUAUCAAAACCUUCCAAGAAAAAACAGUCUUUAAAAAAUGCUGAUUUAUGUAUCCAGUCUGGAUCAACAGUUGCGUUAUUCAACAGACUCAGAUCACAAACAGUCAGCACAAGGUAUCUUCAUGUUGAAAAUGGAAACUUUCAUGCUAGCAGCCAACAAUGGGGAGCAUUCACUAUUCAUUUAUUGGAUGAUGAAGAAAGUGAAAGUGAAGAGUUUACAGUUCGAGAGGGCUACAUACAUUAUGGUUCAACAGUUAAACUAGUUUGCUCAGUAACUGGAAUGGCUUUACCAAGACUGGUUUUACGAAAAGUUGACAAGCAAACAGCACUACUAGAUGCAGAUGACCCUGUUUCACAGCUUCACAAAGUUGCAUUCUACAUGAAAGACACUGAACGAAUGUAUUUAUGUUUGUCACAGGAAAGAAUAAUUCAAUUCCAGGCAACACCAUGUCCCAAAGAGGCCAACAAAGAUAUGAUAAAUGAUGGUGCUUCCUGGACAAUAAUAAGCACAGAUAAGGCAGAGUGUAGUUUCUAUGAAGGAAUGGGACCAGUUCGUUCACCAGUAACACCUGUUCCUAUCGUAAACCACCUACAGCUCAAUGGUGGGGGAGAUGUUGCAAUGUUGGAAUUAACAGGGGAAAAUUUUACUGCAAAUCUGAAAGUUUGGUUUGGGGAUGUUGAAGCUGAGACUAUGUACAGAUGUGGCGAGAGUCUACUAUGUGUAGUUCCAGACAUAUCUGCCAUUCGUGGAGGCUGGAGAUUUGUACGUCAACCUACUGAAGUUGCUGUCAGUCUCGUGAGAUGUGAUGGUGUUAUAUAUCCUACAGGACUAACGUUCACAUAUACGCCAGAACCAGUAGAACGACCUGCUUUACCAGUCGCAGAAUCAGUUAUCCGAGGAGAGAUAUAGUUUUAUAGUUAUUUCUAUAUUGUUGUAUAUUGACAUAUAUAUUAUAUAUAUAUUAGUAUGACGUACAGCCAUGCAUGAUGGGUAGACUAAGUUAACUUAUAUCAGCAUGCAUGAUGGGUAAAUAACUAUUGCGAUGGGUUGUGUUUGGAAUACAUUARCAUCAUAUGGUAGCUCCAGCAACAUUCUGAUAUCUGGUAUCUGGUAUAUAUCUGGUAUACUGAUUUGCUAAAAAUAUCUUAUGCUCRUGUAGCCAAACAUGGUGUUGGAUCAACUGAAGUUAGACCACAAUGCACUUGUAUUUCAGAAAAUGUUUCUGUUGAUGGUUCUUCAUUAGAGAGUUUUUGUUAGUACUUAUUGUUCAUACCACCAGCAUAGCUGUCAAUAUAAGUCUUUUGAUAUUAACGGAGAUGAAUAUUUACCGAUAAUAUGAUAAUAUGGCUGUUUUUACCCAUAAUGCAUGCACUUAUAUACAUAGUACUAUCUACCGACAUUGGUGAAAAACGCACUGCGCAUGUCCACAGCUUUCCCGCUGAAAYCUGCCUAAUUUCCUUUGUAAAGCGAUUUUUGUGAAAGUUUUUUACWAUUUAUAAGCUCGUUCACCGAUAU